CUCUAAUCAAUGACAGAAGCUAAAAGUGAGUUGCCGGAGGUAAUAGUGGUGGGGCGGCCAACGAUUUUUAAAUUCUACGAUGAAGAGUUAUCGAAAAAAUUUAGAAUGUUGAAAUCAUGGGAAUCUUCACUUUCAUUGGAGAAUUAUAUUUGUAAACAUGCUCAAUCUGUAAAAGCAAUGCUUUGCUCUCCUAAAUAUAUCGGCAGCCAGAUUUCUUCCUCCGUGUUCCGCCUCUUACCGUCACUCCGACUUAUCGUCACCACCAGCACUGGGCUUGACCAUAUUGAUCUGGUUGAGUGUCGCCGCCGCGGAAUCUCCAUUGCUAGCGCCUCAACUCUUUUCUCUGAAGAUGUUGCUGAUUUUGCUGUUGGAUUGUUGAUUGAUGUUGUUAGAAGGAUUUCUGCUGCAGAUCGGUUUGUUAAGAAUGGACUUUGGCCUCUUCAGGGCCAAUUCCCACUCGGCUCAAAGGUGGGAAGCAGGAAAGUUGGAAUUGUUGGGCUAGGAAGCAUAGGUCUAAAAGUUGCACAAAGGCUUGAAGCAUUUGGCUGCACUAUAUCAUACCAAUCGAGGAACAAAAAACUUGUUUCUUACCCUUUCUAUCCUGACAUUUAUGAACUAGCAACCAAAUGUGAUGUCCUAGUCAUUUGUUGUGCAUUGACAGACCAAACCCACCACUUGAUCAAUAAGGAGAUUCUACUGGCACUGGGAAAGAGAGGAGUAGUGAUUAAUAUUGCACGAGGAGCCAUAAUCAAUGAGAUGGAGUUGGUACAAUGUUUAGAGCAAGGAGAGAUUGCAGGUGUUGGGUUGGAUGUUUUCGAAAAUGAACCUAAUGUUCCUAAAGAGCUCAUUUCAUUGGAUAACGUUGUGCUCACACGACAUAUUGCUACUUUUACUGAGGAUUCUAUAAGAGCUAUAUAUGAACUCGUGUGCGGAAAUCUUGAAGCUUUGUUCUUUAACAAACCUUUGAUCACUCCUCUUUUGGAUUAGCUAAAAGCUCAAUAUAUUUAUCAAGGUUGAAAAUCAUUGUUAUAUUUUGAUAUUUAUCCACUUCUCAUUUUGGAUUUUGUCCCGUUUAAGAAGAAUUAUCGAAAUUUAUUCUGUUUGAUUUUAGUAUUUGAGUUUC